AUGCGCAUAGAGUAAAGGUGAACGUCCGAGCGCAGGAGAAAAAGCAAAACAGACACAAUUAACAAUUUGCUUAAACCAAUAAGAAAGCUUAGAUGUAUUUAAGAGAUGACUUUAGUAUUCAAAUAGUGUUCUCGUUGUCUCACUUUUCAGACUGCUAAAGCCUCACAGAGUGUGUUUGGAUUGCACCGUACUGCAGGAUUCCGCCACAGCAAUGAGCCAGCAGCAGCCGACAGCAGAAAGAUGCGAUUUACACAGCUUUACCCUGUUUCAUACUGCAUCCUUCACUGAAGAGACCUGAAUGUAUUUGCACGAAUUGAUGGAUGCUGGAAGCUAUCUCGUGCACAGCUUUUUCCUUGUAACUGGAGCAACGAGUUGGGAUCUGUCAGGAAGAGGAGUGGGAUGCAGAGACUAUUGAGACACCUCCUCCCUGAAUAAAUGUGUGUGGGGAGAGAUUGAGGAGAGGUGGUAUGAAGGACGGAGGUAGGGAAAUGUAAAGCGGUUUGUUGGAUAGCAAAAAGUCUUUGCUUGGGAAAAGGACACAUUUAUGGACCAGAGGGAGAAACUCGUGAGGAGAUGCUUACUGUUAUGUGAUGUUUUAAUAUAGGAAGAGCUUAAUGAUAUUUAUUUUUCUAGUCAAUAAUUUUACUCUAUGCAAUUGUAAUGAUCUCAUAUAUAGUACUUUAAAAGGGUUCAUAUAUAAGUUGAACCUUUUAGGGCUUCCUAAAUCAGAUCAUUUUAUGGAUUUAAGUGUAUUUAUUAUUUUUGUUUCAAUGCAUUUUUUAUUUUGAUGAAAUAUAAUGACAGUAUUAUGCAUUCUUUUCUCCUUAUAUGUUUAGAUUUUAGUCAAAUAGUUGAUGCUUUCAUCCAUAGCGACUAAGAAAAGUUUUCAUUUUGACACUUUUUUACGGUAUAGUAGACUUUAUCAGCAGUCAUUAUUAUUCUUUACAUCAAUCAUCUAUAUGAUCUAAAGUUUAAUAUUUUAUGGAUGAUAUGAUUCUGCUAUUGCUUAGAUGCGCAUUAGGCUUGAUGCCAGAUUCGAUAAUUGGGCAUUUCAGCUGUUUGUCAGACAGUCCACAUCUUUUACAAAUAAAGCGAAGCUUGCAUUUCUGCCCGUAUCACUUACAAGCACUCUUCUCAUUUAAAAAACCAAAUUAGCUCCUUACAACUGAGUAUUUACAUUCACUUUGCUUGAACUGGAAUCAAAUGCUGGCACUUGAGCAACAUGGGAAACCUAUUGUAUUGCUGCCGUAAGGUAUCAGAUUAUAUUCACGGUAACGCAGUCGAUGACGAGACCGAGGGCCGGUCUCCACUUCUUUCUAGGGAGAAUAGUGAUAUAGAAAGCCUCUCUCCUUCAAGAACCGUAUGUGACCCGCUGGCAUCUCCUAUUUUGGACCAAGAUCACCUCCUCUUCCCUGACAUUGUGCUAAGCAGCAACAUUGCUGCAGAAGAAUUAGAGCUACUGUUGGCAACACGAAGACAAGCACAAGAUGUCAAAAGAGAAGAAAGUAACCAAAAUGGAGGAGAUAUGGGCCAGCCAAGCACAAAAGUCAUCCAUAGGGAGUUCACAGAGAUGGGCACAAAUCAAUUAUGCACCACAGCGGAUGAAUGGCCGUUGCUGUCUCCGCUCUACCGAAUACCUACAGACCAACCCAGUGCUAAAAAUCGAAUAUGCACUUAUGGACAGGGAACGGACCCAACUUUGCUCAGUCAGGAAACUCUGAUACGUGCCGCCGGUAGUAAGGUCAGAUAUGGACACAUCUGCAUGGACUCAUAUACACUGGACACCUCACGGUAUGACCAUGACAUCAGUCAGAUAGCAGAUGAUGGUUGGCCUCAUACAGAGCAGCACAUCAGGUGUGAAGAACAGGAUGGGACGGUGCUGGCUAAGACCACGGAGCAAUUAGGAGUGAACCUGGAUCACAGGGAGGAGCGAUCUGAACAAGGCAUCAAACAAAACUCAAAUAGUGUAGCGCAUACAGAUCUAAAUGUGGUUGAAGAACCUGCGUGUGGUCCAAGUGAAGGCUACGAGAAGCAAAGCCAAGCACAAAACUGGCAACUCAUAGCACAAGCAGAUGAAUCUAAAGAUCCAGGUAUAGCCAAAAAAACAGACUCAGAGCUAAAUAUAGAGAUGGAUAUCAUAAAAAGAAAACAUCUUAAUGAGCAAGAUACCACACAUGUAGAUCUUCUCCUGAAGAACAACUCCACUCGCUUGGACUGUAUGGAGAAGAGAACAUCUCAUGAAAAGCAAAAACCAGUGAAAACAGAAAAAGACGUGUCGGUUAUGACAGAUACGUGCCCUGAUCUUGUGGAGCAUCAAUUGCAUCAGUUGGACCAGGAUGCAAUGUGGAAAAACAAGGAGGUGGAGCAGAUUAAGUGGGAUCUGUGGGAUCGUGAACAGACGAACCUCGCUGUGACCCAGGUCGAACAGAGACCGGAUCAGACUGAACGUUUCACCCUGUUUGUGGUUGAUAAGAUGUUCCUCGCCACUCCAAACUUUACAGGACUCAGCCCUGACACCCUGCUCGAUGACCAUGAACUAGACCCCACAGCAGACAAUACAACUGAGCAAGUCGAGGGCAACAGCGAAAAACAAGAUCUUCCUGACAUGGACCCAUCUGAAGAUGCAGGGUUCACAAUCAAGAUCCAGGCUCCUGGCACAGAAAGCACUGACUUUCAGGUGUCACCUUUAGCGAUGGUGCAGGAAAUUAGGCAAGUGUUGAUGGAUCGAGAAGAAACCUGUCGACGCACCUGCUUCUCCCUGCAACUGAAUGGAGUCGCGCUUGACAACUUUACCCACCUUAGAUCCAUACCAGGUCUUCAAGAGGGCUCCGUUCUCAAGGUUGUGGAGGAGCCAUAUAAUGUCAGAGAAGUGCGCAUUCAUUUACGCCACAUCAGAGAGCUUCUGAAGAGUCUGGAUAUCACUGAGGGCUAUAAUGGAGUUGAGGGGAGCUCACCAUCGUUUCUCAGCUACUUCAUAGAAGAUCGUAUGGAAGAGAGCAGCCGGCCUAAGAGAAGAAGUGAAGGACUAAAGUAUGCAGGCUGCAGUCCUCCAGACCACAUUCUUCCCGGAUGUAAGGAGCGUUUGCUGGUACCCCUACAUCCUCAGACUAACCUUGGGAAGUCCACAGAGUGCCUGAAGGUCCUGACCAUGAGUAGUUGGAAUCCACCUCCUGGAAACAGAAAGAUGCAUGGAGACCUUAUGUAUCUCAAUGUGGUGACCAUGGAGGACAGAUACUUCAGUGUAACGGCAUCAACUCGAGGGUUUUACGUUAAUCAGUCUACAUCUUACAGCUUUAAUCCAAAGCCGGCCAAUCCCAGCAUCUUUAGUCAUGCUCUGCCGGAUCUCCUGAGUCAGAUCAGUGCCAUAUUUAAGAAGAAUUUCAGUACUUUGCUAAAAAGGAGAGAAUGCACGCACCCAUUUGAAAGGAUUGCAACACCAUUCCAGGUGUUUAGCUGGACUGCUCCAGCUCUCGAUCACACUAUGGACUGCGUUAGAGCAGAAGAUGUCAGCUUCUUCCGCUUGGGUUAUGAAGAACAUCUGCCUGGACAGGCUCGUGACUGGAACGAAGAAAUACAGACCUCAAGAGAGCUUCCCAGGAAGAACCUGACCGAUCGUCUGAUGAGGGAUCGAGCUGUGUUUAAGGCUAACAGUGAUUUCGUGGGCACAGCGACUCGGGGAGCCAUGGGAGUGAUCGAUGGUAACGUGAUGCCCAUCAACCCCAGUGAAGAACCGCAGGAGCAGAUAUUCAUCUGGAGCAACAUUUUCUUCAGCUUUGCCUUUGACGUGCGUGACCAAUACACAGAUCUGGGAGGAGAAGCUGCGGCACACGCCGCCCCUGUUUGUGACCUGAACGGUGUAGGAGCUUACUGGACAGUGGAUCAGGAAGGCCUUUACCUGCUCGGCACAGCGGUGAUCGAUUACCGUGGCUACCGCAUCACCGCACAGACCAUCGUGCCAGGAAUUCUGGAGCGUGAUCGACAACAAAGCGUCCUCUAUGGCUCUGUUGACUUAGGCAAGACUGUUGUCUCUGAUAAGAGGUAUCUGGAACUGCUUGACAAGCCCAGUAAGAAACUGAGAGUGCAACGCCACAGCGUGCUAAACAAAGAUGAUACAGCCGUAGAGUUGUGUUCAUCGGUGGAACACAAGGGGAUUGUGGGUAAUGAUGGUCGUCACUACAUCCUGGAUCUGCUUUUUACCUUCCCACCUGAUCUUAACUUCCUUCCUGUGGAAGAGGACUUAAAUCCUGUUUGUCAACAGCUGGGCUUCCCAAAGAAACAUCCUCAUCAUUUGGUUUGCCUGAGACAGGAGCUCAUUGAGGCCUUUGUGGAGCACAGAUACCAGAUAUUUAUGGAAACUGUCUCCCAAAGUACAAAUCAAGGCAGAAACAUCAAUAAACCUCCUGGCACAUCUCCAAUAAAGAGCGAUUCGACUGAACUCACUCAAUUUCCCAUAAUGCCUGUCACGCACCCAGACCGUGUUACAAUACAUCAUUCACCAAAGGCUGUGCCUGUCAACAUCCAGCAGGGUUCUUCAAUCAAACACAUCUUCUCCUCCCUCAGAAAUACGUUUGAAAUUAAUUUCAACCCUAAUGUGUACUGUUCAGGUGUACGCUUUCCCAAGGAAAGUAUGGAAGAUAUCCAAAACCAGAAACAGCUGCUGAAGGAUGCAGCAGAAUUCCUAAUAUCCAAUCAAAUCCCUGCUUUUGCUAAGAGUUGCCUUGACCACAGAGCAUUGCCUGUGGAUGGCAUCACAUUGACAGAGGCACUGCAUCAGCACGGCAUCAAUAUUCGCUACCUGGGCACUGUGCUUGAGUAUAUUGAGAAGAUACUCCAAAAAGAAAGACUUGAUCACGUCUACAGAACUGCACUCUGUGAGCUGAUCACCAGAUGUGCGAAACAUCUGUUUAAGACUUAUCUUUUGGCAGUGGAACCAUCUGCUCUCUCUGCCUCCGUCAGCCAUUUCCUCAACUGCUUCCUGAGCUCUCACGCAGAUGCCGGUGUUAUCCAGCAGAACGACAAGUGGGCAUCCAGACGCAGGAGUCGCAGGAGUCGGAUUCACGCGUCGGUGGCCGGUACCGUCGCGGCCUGGUCCGACCUCACCCCGAGUGACCUCUGGAGGGCAAUCAGUGUUGAAUCGCAAGAGUACUAUCACUACAGUAUGCCAUGUGGAAGUGUGAAGGAAGCUGUGGAGAAAUGCAGUCUACAGAGAAUCACGCUCCUCAGAGAGACUGCCAUCAAAACUGGCAUUCAGGUUCUUUUAAGGGAGUAUAACUUUAAUUGUGAAAACAAAGCCGUUUUCACAGAGGAGGACAUCUUGAACAUUUUCCCUGUGGUGAAGCACAUCACUCCAAGAGCAAGUGAUGCUCUUCGCCUCCUGCAUCUUGGUCAGUGUAAGGUACAGCAAGGUUGUCUAAAGGAGGCCUGCGAGUUAAUAAGCCAGGCUCUUGGUCUUUUCACUAACGUGUAUGGAGCACUGCAUCGGGAUGUUUGCGUGUGCCUGCGACUGCUGGGACGCAUACAUUACAUCCUCGGAGACUACGCUGAGUCCCUCAGUCACCAGCAGAGGGCAGUACUGAUCAGUGAAAGAGUUCUUGGGAUUGAUCAUCCAAACACUAUACAGGAAUAUAAGCAUCUCGGCCUUUACUGUUUUGCUGGUGGGCAACCAGCGACUGCUUUACGAUUGCUCUACCGAGCUCGCUACCUGAUGCUCCUGGUGUGUGGAGAGGACCAUCCUGAGAUGGCUUUAUUAGAUAGUAAGAUAGGUCUUAUCCUGCACAGUAUGAAGGCCUGUGAUCUUGCUCUGAAGUUCCUGGAGAAUGCCCUGAUCCUGACCUCCAAAUACCAAGGAGCCUCAUCUCUUAAACUGGCACAGAGUCACCACCUGUUAGCAAAAGUGUAUGAGAGUAAAGGAGAUUUCCGUGCCGCUUUGAGGCAUGAAAAGGAACGUUAUGGCAUAUACCGGAAACAGGUUGGAGAGACUCACGAGAAGACACAAGAAAGUUCAGAGUACCUGAAACAUCUUACACAUCAGGCUGUUAUUCUGCAGAAAACUUUAAACUGGAUCUACAGGACAGGCUCAGACACCAAUAUUGCCCCUCUCAAUCUAAAUGCUCCAAGUCGUGUCUGGAUAUUGGAGCAACUAAAUCUUGUCACUGGCAUUGUUCUUAUUCCUCUCAGUAAAAGAGACAUUGAGAAACUCAGGACUGACACUCAAAAAACUGCACAGCUGCCCAAAAUCGAUCAGAAUGAUGUCCAGUCAGAAGAUGAUCUACAGGUGCCGUCUGAGGACCAUAACACAUUUCAAGCUAAUACUCAAGUGGACUGAUGCUUAACAACAAUAUAAGGAUGUAUUAAGCAGAUGUGAACAAAACGAAUAGGUUUUCAGAUAAUUCAUGUUCCUUCAUAGGUUAAGAAACAAUUAUAUAAAAAAAUCGAAAAUGCAUAAACAAACUUGACAUGCUGGAUAACCUUACAGUUUAAAGAUAUUGAAUAAAAUAGCACACCCUAAAGCAUGAGUUUGGCUGACUAUUGAUACUGAGAGUACCUAGACAAGUUUUUGCACAUUUAUAAACUGAACUCUGAGUUAAUUUAUGAUUUUUUUUAUGUUUACAUGUGUUGAAUGCACAGUACUGUGUAUGUUUAAGGGCCACAGAGUCACUUAAAAAGAGGGCUAAUGCAUGCACUUCAUAUUUUACUGGGUUUGUUUGAUUGAUGCAUUGUGACAAUAUGUGAUAGUGCCAACACAAAUAAAGCAAAAUACAGCAGAAUCA